AUGAAAAUCCUUCCGCAACUUUCCCGAGGAAAAUUGUCUAUCUUAAAGCCAUAUCUGCCGUACGGCGUGGUGGAAUCGUGGGACGAUCUAAAUCCGAAACUUUACCAUGCGGUGCAUAUUUACUGGCUUAAGUUUUAUGGCAUGUGGUAUAAUAGGCAUUCGCCGAGGUGUCUCUACUUUUGGUCGCAGAUCAUUUACACCAUGAUUGUGCUGUGGCUUGUCUGUUUGUUGCCCGCGGUGGGGGAAAUUGAGUAUUUACUGAGACGAAAGGACAAUGUUGGUGAAAUUGCUGAAGGAUUAUAUUUAUUCCUGAGCGAAAUGUACACCUAUUUCAAAGUGGCGGUAUUUUGGUUGAAUAAGCGAAAAAUAUUAAGUCUCCUUAAAUAUUUGCACUGCAAGGAAUUCGAGCCAGACGAGCUGGAGCACAGGGAAAUCUUGCGAGAUAGCAUUAAGACGUCCCGUUUUGUCAUGACGUCAUACUCUACGAUGUGCGUCGGAGCUGUUUCAGUGGCGAUGAUAAUGCCCCUUGCAGAAAACUUUGAAAUUCUACCAACAAACGUUGAGUAUACCUAUAUUGACGUGGACAAAGCUCCAACAUAUCCUAUUUUAUAUCUUCAUCAUGUAUAUUAUAAGCCAGCAACGUGUAUCAUAGAUGGAGUAAUGGAUACCCUUCUAGCAGCAUUUGUUGUAUGUGCAAUCGGACAGAUAAAAAUUUUGGCAUUCAAUCUACGUAACUUCGAGGAGAUAGCAAUGAGGAGACGUAAAAGAGCUAUAGCUCAACGACAAUUUUGCGGCGAACACCGACAGCACUAUAUCCGCUUGGUGUUAAAGAAAUGCAUUCUACAUUACAACGCAAUUAUAAAAUACGUCUCUAUGAUAGAAAGCGCAUUCAGUUUGGCUUCAGCUCUUCAAUUUAUGCUGAGUGUCAUGGUGCUUUGUUUGGUUGGAAUAAGAUUUUUAUCGAUCGAAAAUCCUAGAAGUCACCCAAUACAAAUCGUUUGGAUGGCAAUUUACCUCGCAUGUAUGCUGAUAGAGGUGUUCAUUCUGUGCUGGUUUGGAAAUGAGCUCAUUCUGAAGAGCUUGGAAUUAAGUAUGGCAGCAUACGACGGACCUUGGAUGAAACUAGACCCGAAGACUACAAUGUUAAUCAUAGUUUUUAUGGAACGAUGCAAGCGUCCUCUACGAGUUACGGCUGGAAAAAUAUUCACUCUCUCGCUAGACACUUACACAAAUAUCCCUUGCCCAGGGUCACGGGUGAAGACCUCAACGGUGGCGAGCGAAGACAGUAACUGUCAGUACGGUCGGACCAGCGGAGGAGGCAAGCCACAGGGGCGUAGUUCCUGGACCCUGAUGGAGGGCAGCGGUAACCAUCAGUACCUAAGUGAAGCGUUAGGAAACACUCUCCAAUUCGGUUCACCCAAGGACUAUCACAGCUACUGA